GCUCUACGUCAGCGUAACCCGGAAGCACAACAUCUCUAUACAACUCCUCUGCGAACCUUCACAGCUGAUGCGAGAUGCCUGCCAUGUGUAACAAAAUGAGACGUUAUGGCCUUCCACUGCUGCGCCAUGCCUUCUCUUUACACACUGCCAAAAAGACAUGCUGCCUUCACCAAAGACUACUUACUAGUCCCUCCACCAUUUUCCCCAGUCCCAGACAUGUCAAUACAGCUGUUAGCAGUGAGCACAUACACCUGGACCUGAGCGGACCAGAGCAGAGACUACUCAAUAGACUAUAUGAGGGGCUAAUAGGAGGGCAAAGAGCAUCUCUCGCAGAGUCCAUCACACUAGUGGAGACCCAGCAUCCCAGAAAGAAGGAACUGGCUCAAGUCCUGCUGCAGAGGGUGCUGGCCUACAGGAGAGAGCAGGAGAAUCACAACGGAGGGAGGCCGCUGGCGUUCAGAGUAGGUCUGUCUGGUCCUCCUGGUGCAGGGAAGUCCUCAUUCAUUGAGGUUGUGGGUAAGAUGCUGACAGGACGGGGACAUAAAGUAUCAGUGCUUGCUGUGGAUCCAUCCUCAUGCACAACAGGAGGCUCCCUCAUGGGUGAUAAAACUCGAAUGACUGAGCUCUCCAGGGACAUGAGUGCUUUCAUUCGUCCCUCGCCUACCUCCGGGACACUGGGAGGCGUCACCAGGACAACCAAUGAAGCCAUCGUUCUGUGUGAAGGAGCGGGCUAUGACAUCGUCCUGGUAGAGACUGUAGGUGUGGGCCAGUCUGAGUUUGCAGUGGCUGAUAUGGUUGAUAUGUUUGUGCUGCUGAUUCCUCCAGCAGGGGGCGAUGAACUCCAGGGUAUCAAGAGGGGCAUCAUAGAGAGAGCCGAUCUGGUGGUGGUCACCAAAUCGGAUGGGGACUUGUUGGUUCCUGCCAGGAGGAUCCAGGCAGAGUACACCAGUGCACUCAAGCUGCUGAGAAGACAGUCACGAUCCUGGAACGCCAAGGUGGUGCGUGCCUCCUCUUACACCAACGAAGGCAUCCCGGAGGUGUGGGCCAAGAUGGAGCUGUACAGAGACACCAUGUUGUCCAGUGGGGAGCUCCAAGCCCGGAGACAGGCCCAGCAGAGAGUCUGGAUGUGGAGCCUGAUCCAGGAAAACGUACUGUCCCACUUCCAGACGCAUCCCGCUGUGAGAGAGGCCCUGCCCCGCCUGGAGGAGAGGGUCACAAGAGGGGCCAUCUCCCCAGGACUGGCCGCUGAUCUGCUGCUCAAGGCCUUUGCAUCGUCGUAGCAUCGUCGUAGCAUGCGUCGUCCAUUUUGGUGGAGGUUGAGGUAUGAGUGGACACUGCCAAAUGGACAUCUCAGGAUAAGGACAGAUAUGGAUCUCUAGGUCUUCUUGAAAUUAGAUUGGAAUAAUGCCUGGACUGGACACAAUAUUCUGAUUGCUUUUUGAAUUAUUUGGAAAUCUGCUUGGUUUAACGAGGACCUGAGAUGGAAAACUCACAUAACAAACAUUACCUCUGUUGUUAUAUAUAGGCAUGUUCAGAAAUUCUGUAAUUUGAAGUAAAAUUAACUGUCUGUGUGGUCAAAUUCACAUGUAUUUUUAACACGGGCAACGUCAUCAGGGCAACAGCAGCUCUGUUGGUAAAGUGUUUGUGUGAUCCAAAGGUCGAUGGUUCAAAUCUCGCUCUCGACAUAAACAUCAUCGGUUGAGCGUUCAGAUCCACUGACCCACAGGUUGGCGGUUCGAUUCCAGCUCCCACAGAUGAAUGCUGUCAUUGUGUCCUUGGGCAAGAUACUUAACCCCCCUCGACCCCAGUGUCUGCGUACACUGGUGCAAAAUUGUAUGUGUGAAUAGGUGAGUGGUUCUUUGAUGAUGAGUGCCUUGAAGGUGGAAAAGCGCUAUAUAAAAACGUGACCACUUUACCAUGUAUUAGGUUAAGUGUUUAGGCCCUGGAGAUUUAUCAAACAGGUGCUUUUUAAUGUAAUUUAAAUACAUGAAAAAUGGUUUACAACAUACUAUAAAUUGCUAAUGUUAGGGCUAGGCAAUAUCAUGAUAUAAAAUGAAAAAAGUCGUAUUAUAAUUGAGUGAUUUUGUGUUGAAUGCUGCUUUUAGCUCAAACUUACAGGCACUUCACCCCCCCAACGCCUCCUAUUGGUCAGUCUCCAUGAUGCUCGGAGUGACAGGUGGAAUCGUCCAAUCACAGUUCAGUAUGCACUCUCAAAAGCUUCAGAAAGGUUUAGUAACUUCCUAAAGACAUUAUAAAAAUCAACAUUUGACACAGAUAUUUUUUUAGCCUCUGUGUGCCCGUGCAUCAUUCCCAGACGAUCCUCAGUGCCUCAAGUUUGUCUUUUUGAACAGACUAAUCCAUAUUGGACCAACUAUGAAUCAUAGUCAAAUCGAAGUCGCGUUUUAGGCUGAAAAAAUAUUGUGAUCUAAACUUUUUGUCAUAUUGCUCAACCGUAACUAAGGCAUUUUUUUUUUUAAUUCUCGGACCACCCACAUUCUGUCUGAGCACUCCAGCUGUCUUCUAUUGUCCAAUACUGAAUGCAUUUUUGUGUAUUUCUGUCAACCCCGUCUAAGGCCCAUAGUUACAGAGAUGACUAAACAAGACAUGAAAGAAGAUCAAUUGACUUUAUUAUAAUUUUCAACAAGCCUGUUAGCAGACAAAUUGGUACACUGUCUGAACUGCAUAUUUGAAUGUCUGGCUGUAUUAUUUUCAGAGUGGAAUAAUCUGUUAAGAGAAUGAUCUUUAUCAGACAAGUGUUGAAUAUUAAAUCUGCCAGUACUUCCCUCUUUCUUGUUUGCACUUGAAAUGAAAAAUGGUCAGUGAUUAAUGUAACCUCUCUGAACAAGAAUGGUGGCAUUUGUUUUUGCACCGGUAGUCCCCAAAUGUCAGUACAAGACAUCUUCUCAAUUACUCAUCUACAAAUUGACUUGAAGAUUUUUACAUUUUGCAUUGAUCUUUACAUGCGAUUGUGCAACACUGGAUUUAUGAUUUUAGCACUUAUUA